CUUCAUGUCUGUUGAUUUCCACAGUCACUUUCACCAACAUUGUUCCCAGAACCAGGAACGACUUCCUACAAUAUUCCCAUCAGCUCAAUCUGGAUCUGAACACAGUGAAUAAACGCCUCUGUCUGUCUGAGAAGAACAGAGUGAUUACUGGCACUAACACAGUCCAGCCGUAUCCUGAUCAUCCAGACAGAUUUGAUCAUGUGUUUCAGGUGUUGUGUAGAGAGAGUGUGUGUGGACGCUGUUACUGGGAGAUUGAGUGGAGUGAACGUAUGUUUGGUGUGUGUAUAUCAGUGUCAUAUAAGAGCAUCAGCAGGAAGGGACGGGGUAAAGUGUGUGUGUUUGGACGUAAUGAUCAGUCCUGGAGUUUGUUCUGCUCUUCCUCCAGUUACUCAUUCAGACACAAUAACAUACAGACUAAACUCCCAGUAAAGUCCAUCAUCAGGAGAAUAGGAGUGUAUGUGGAUCACAGUGCAGGAACUCUGUCCUUCUACAGCGUCUCUGGAGACACAAUGAGCCUCAUCCACACAGUCCAGACCACAUUCACUCAACCGCUCUAUCCUGGGUUUUGGGUUGGUAUUGGAUCAUCAGUGAAACUGUGUUGAUGAACCAGAAUAGACUGUAGAGAGAUUCUACCCAUAAUGCUUUGAGCUCAUGAUGAAUCAGUAACAGUGAGAUGUUAUAGAGUCUCUUAUUUUCUCUUCAUUACAUUAAUACUACAGCUGAACUUCUGUCAGUGAAAUAACAUGUCAGAAUAAAUGUGUGUAAUGAAUCCUCAGA